GUCGGAUUUUCGAUUACUUCGUUAUACUUCAGAGUUUGGGCUUCUGUCUCUUUUUUUUGCCUUUUUAUAAGGGGGUCAUACCUCGUUUAAACUGUCCUACCGCUUCAUCAGGCCUUCAUCCCGCUACGAGAACUGGUUCUCUGCCCGAUCGGUUCCUCCACAUGCUGCCCAGCCGCAAAUGCAUGUCAUAUGUGCUAAAUCGUCCAUGCGUUUCUCCUAAGCCCAUUUCAUGACCGGAAGACAAACAUACCCUGGUUGAUCAGUACUGUCUACGAUCUAUCUGCAUCGUGUGUGAAUUGACUCGGACCCACCGGCUACUGCAUUUCUGCCUGGUGCGGUCCUACUGUAUACUUACCAACCUGUCGUGCAUCUGCAUCAUAAACGAGACCGAGGGACUUAGUUGGCUGUCCUGAAAUACAGCGUGUUGCUUGUUCUGGGCUAUCUUUUGCUUCCCUUUGGUGCUGCCUAAAAUUGUCAACCCAGGGAUAGAACUAUCGUCCCCGUCUACCUGGAUUCCCGACAUCUACGAUUCCAUCUCACUCAUGGCUGAAUGGCCCGACAUCCAACGGUGGCCCGAAAGCAACGCCGAGAUCGACAUCGAAACGGGUGGUUUAACCGAUGUCGAUAUGGAUUUGGAUAUGGCAUCUGAAAAGAUGUCAAAAGAAACCACCCCUCCGAUGGACCCCCCGCACGACCUGGCUGCAGCCCGUGUAGCCGAAAAAGAGGUCGCCAUCCGUCGCGCAUGCGACCUGCGCGAUUACGAUGCACUGGUUUCGUAUGCAACCUCCGAAGGGGGCUUUCUCCGUGAUGAAAUCCGCCAGUCCGUCUGGCCUCUCCUCCUCCACUGUGAUCGAUUGAUCCCUGAACAUGACUUUACGGACUGGAAUGACCUGCCACCCCAUGCUGAUGAGGACCAAGUACAACUAGACGUGAACAGAUCAUUUGUUUACUACCCUGACUGUGCUGAUGAUGAGCGGGCGCGCAAGAAGGAUGAGUUGUCGAUUGUCAUCAGACAGGUCCUGCGCAAGUAUCCAAUGCUCUGCUACUUCCAAGGCUAUCAUGAUAUCGCCCAAGUCCUUCUCUUGGUGCUCGGGGAGAGGACAGCCGCACCGGCGGUGGCCCAGAUGUCUCUUUUCCGAAUUCGGGACUACAUGCUACCGUCCUUAAAACCCUCUAUCAAGCAUCUCCAUCUCAUCCCUGCGAUCAUUGGAAAGGCCGACCCAGCUCUCCGGCGACAUAUUGCCGGGAUCCAACCUUUCUUCGCUCUGGCAGCCGCCCUCACUCUGUAUGCGCACGACAUUCAAGAGUACAGUGAUAUCGCCCGGCUCUUUGACUUUCUUUUAGCUCGUGAGCCGGUAGAGUCGAUUUACCUGUUUGCUGCUAUAAUCAUCUCCCGCCGGAAGGAACUUUUGGAAAUAUCAGUCGACGAGCCGGAAAUGCUGCAUUUUACUAUGUCUAAGCUCCCCUGCCCGCUGGACCUCGAGGGCCUGAUCACGAAAGCCGUACAGCUCUUCCAAACAUGCCCCCCAGAAUCGUUACCCUGCAACGCGUGGAAAUCCAUUCCUCAGUGCAGCGUACUCAAGACCUCUCGGGAGUUGUCCGACCGCCAAACGGUCAAGAAGGCACUGGGGCUCUUCGACCAACAAACACGACAGUUACGAAACCAAGAGCGGAAAGAAAAGACCCUGGAGUUCCUGUGGUACAACCGACGGACGGUUGGAUCCGUGGCGGUCACCAUCUUCAUCGGGGCCGUGUCGUUCUGGAUCCGCCGCAAGGGCCUUGAUGGUCCCAUCUGGUCGUACCUUUCUCGGUUCAAGGCGGCGUUUCAGGCACACGGCUACUUCUAGGGACUUUGAGGUUUGCCGAACGCGAUACAUGCAUGGAUGCAGGGGGGAAAGGAUUCCG